AUGGUGCCUUUUGACGUCGUCUCACUCUUCACGUCCAUACCAAAGGCCCUUGCGGUCGAAACGCUCAGUGACCUGCUACGUCAAAAUUACGACGGGGACGAUGGACAGCCCACAGCUGAGGAUCUCGUAGAACUCAUGGGGCACUGCCUCAAGACAUUCUUUACCUUCGAAGGGACUACAUACGAGCAGACCAAAGGCACUCCAAUGGGUUCACCAAUCUCCGGGCUCAUUGCCGAGGCGGUUCUACAAAAACUCGAGAGACGAAUAUUCGAGGAGUACAAACCCAAGUUUUGGGCACGCUACGUUGAUCACACCUUCGUAAUCAUAGACUAG